GGGUUAAAAAUAACCCAUCCCAGGAUUCUGGAUGGGGCGGAUGUUCAGCCUGAUAUAGCAAUGGGAGACACAUUUACGGCCGCAGUUGUCAGUCACGAAGCCAGGCGGGAAGAGAGACAAAACCGGAAAAGCAAAGGAGACAAGGGAUCAACUCCAACACGGGUCGAAGAUUCUCACUGAAGGCGUGGGGCAGGGAUCAGAAAGAGCACAUAAGAGAUGAUGUUUGGGACCUGAGGAGAAAGAUAGACAUGAAAGUUUGGGGGAUUUUGCAUUAGCUGGAUAGAUGCUCUGAAGCUGAUAAUUGAAUGGGCUCCUGGGUACUACCUGAAGACUGAGGAUAAUGCAAACCCAUAAAGCUAAGUGCAUGUGAGCCAGUUAGAAUCAAUCUCCAAAGGAACGGUCUGAUGUUUGGUGGCUGGUUGUCACUGAAAAAGACACAGCAAGUGAGGGGAAUACACUGAUGUAAAGUGUGGUGCUGCAUUUUGCAAAGCUUUGGAUCACUAUUUACCAUGGGCAAUGCUGCAAUGUGUAGGGUGUGUGGUUCUAAUAAAGGCCUGCGGACUAUUGGAAGUGAUCCAUAUCUGGAGCGUUACUACAACUAUGAGACGGAUACUAUGUCGGACAGUAACACCAGCUUCCUGCGAGCAGCCCGGGCAGGCAACAUUGAAAAGGUGCUGGAGUUCCUCAAGAGCGGACAAGACAUUUCGACAUGCAACCAGAACGGACUCAAUGCGCUUCAUCUCGCAGCCAAAGAGGGUCACGUGGAGCUGGUGGAGGAGCUUCUGGAGAGAGGGGCGGCUGUGGACUCCUCAACCAAGAAAGGAAACACUGCACUGCACAUCGCUUGUCUUGCUGGGCAGAAAGAAGUCGCAAAGUUGUUGGUGAAAAAAACAGCAGAUGUGAACUCUCAAUCUCAGAAUGGCUUCACUCCGCUUUAUAUGGCUGCUCAAGAGAAUCACCUGGAUGUUGUGCGAUAUCUACUGGAGAACGGCGGAAACCAGAGCAUGGCCACAGAGGAUGGCUUCACUCCUCUGGCCAUUGCUCUCCAGCAGGGUCAUAAUCAGGUAGUUUCUCUGCUUCUUGAACACGACACGAAAGGGAAAGUCCGUCUGCCUGCACUCCACAUAGCUGCCCGCAAGGAUGACACCAAAUCUGCUGCUCUGCUGCUCCAGAAUGACCAUAACGCUGAUGUCCAGUCUAAGAUGAUGGUCAACAGGACUACAGAGAAUGGAAAGAGUGGCUUCACUCCUCUACAUAUUGCUGCUCAUUAUGGGAAUGUAAAUGUGGCCACGCUGCUGCUCAACAGAGGGGCUGCUGUAGACUUCACAGCCAGGAAUGGAAUUACCCCUCUUCACGUGGCCUCCAAACGAGGAAACACCAACAUGAUCGCUCUGCUGCUGGACAGGGGAUCUCAGAUUGAUGCCAAGACCAGGGAUGGACUGACACCUCUGCACUGUGCUGCCAGAAGUGGGCAUGAUAGCGCUGUGGAAAUACUGCUCGAAAAAGGAGCACCAAUUCUGGCCCGAACCAAGAACGGUCUGUCCCCGCUGCACAUGUCCGCUCAGGGUGAUCACGUCGAGUGUGUGAAACACCUGCUGCAACACAAGGCACCGGUUGAUGAUGUCACAUUGGACUACCUGACCGCCCUUCAUGUGGCCGCACACUGUGGUCACUACAGAGUCACCAAAUUACUGCUGGACAAGAAAGCAAAUCCUAAUGCCAGAGCGCUGAACGGCUUCACUCCCCUACAUAUUGCCUGCAAGAAGAACAGAGUGAAAGUCAUGGAGCUGCUGGUUAAAUACGGCGCCUCAAUCCAGGCCAUCACCGAGUCUGGUCUGACCCCAAUCCAUGUUUCAGCAUUCAUGGGACAUCUCAAUAUCGUUCUCCUGCUGCUACAGAAUGGAGCCUCACCUGACGUCUGUAAUAUUCGUGGUGAGACAGCACUGCACAUGGCUGCACGAGCAGGACAGAUGGAGGUGGUGCGAUGUUUGCUAAGAAAUGGCGCUUUGGUGGAUGCCAUGGCCAGAGAGGAUCAGACACCUCUUCACAUUGCUUCUCGUCUGGGUCAGACAGAGAUUGUGCAGUUGUUAUUGCAGCACAUGGCUCACCCUGACGCCUCCACCACUAAUGGGUACACACCUCUGCACAUCUCGGCUCGUGAAGGGCAGGUGGAGACGGCUGCGGUGCUGCUGGAGGCUGGAGCAUCUCACUCGCUCGCCACAAAGGUCAUUUUAUUUACCAUAUUAUUUGGUAUACACAUGACAUGGUCAUUAAAAGCUUGGGGUCAGUAAGGAAUGUUUUAGGUUUAUGAAAUCAGCCAGUGCUCAGUAAUGCUGCCCUUAUUUGAUCUAA